GAAGGAGGAAGACGAGGAGGAAGAUGGCGGCCUGAGGCCUGGUCUGUGUCUGUGAGGCGGAAGGAAGGCGGCGGAGGGAAGAGGACGGAGAGAGAGAGAGAGAGAGAGGACGUCAGAGUUCUCUGGAGCCACCCCUGCCGUGAUGGGAAACGAACCAGCUUCUAGUCGAUAUUAAGGCAUUUGGAAACCAAAGUGCAGGAAGGAAACCAGUCCCCUAGGAAAAAGGAUUCCUCUCAAGGGGCUGAUCUUGCUGAAUUCCUACAUUCACUUUACGUUAUAGAGUAGAACCAUAGAGUCGGAAGAGACUGCAUGAGGCAACCAGUCCAGGCCUCUGCCGUGCAGGAAAAGCGCAAAGUACCCUGGACAGAUGAGUAUCUAGCCUCUGUUUAAAAGAUUCCAAAGGAACCUCCACUACGUUUUGAGGCAGAGAGUUCCACUGCUGAACAGCUCUUACAAUCAGGAAGUUCUUCUUAAUGUUCAGAUGGAAUCUACCUUCCUGUAAUUUGAACCCAGUGCUGUGAGUAAUCAGAAAGGGAAAAACAAGAAUCAAGUGUCCUUAUUGGAAUUAAAUGUACAUAGCGCAUAACUCUGUUGACAUGGAGGAGAAAGCAUAUAAAUGUAUCGAAUGUGGAAAGAGCUUCUCUCAUAAUUCAAAUCUACAUAGACAUCAAAGGACUCACACUGGGGAGAAACCCUAUAACUGCCUGGAGUGUGGACAGAGCUUUGCUCAUAGUACAGGACUACAUUUACAUCAAAGGACUCACACUGGGGAGAAACCCUAUAACUGCCUCGAGUGUGGACAGAGCUUUGCUCAUAGUACAGGACUACGUUCACAUCAAAGGACUCACACUGGGGAGAAACCCUAUAACUGCCUCGAGUGUGGACAGAGCUUCUCUCAUAAUUCAAAUCUAUAUAGACAUCAAAGGACUCACACUGGGGAGAAACCCUAUAACUGCCUGGAGUGUGGACAGAGCUUUCCUCAGAAGGGACACUUACAUACACAUCAAAGGACUCACACUGGGGAGAAACCCUAUAACUGCCUGGAGUGUGGACAGAGCUUCGCUCGUAGUUCAGGACUACGUUCACAUCAAAGGACUCACACUGGGGAGAAACCCUAUAACUGCCUGGAGUGUGGACAGAGCUUCGCUCGUAGUUCAGGACUAUGUUCACAUCAAAGGACUCACACUGGGGAGAAACCCUAUAACUGCCUGGAGUGUGGACAGAGCUUUCCUCAGAAGGGACACUUACAUACACAUCAAAGGACUCACACUGGGGAGAAACCCUAUAACUGCCUGGAGUGUGGACAGAGAUUCGCUCGUAGUUCAGGACUACGUUCACAUCAAAGGACUCACACUGGGGAGAAACCCUAUAACUGCCUGGAGUGUGGACAGAGCUUCGCUGAUAGUUCAGCACUACGUAGACAUCAAAGGACUCACACUGGGGAGAAACCCUAUAACUGCCUGGAGUGUGGACAGAGCUUCAUUCAGAGUUCAAGUCUACGUAACCAUCAAGGGACUCACACUGGGGAGAAACCCUAUAACUGCCUGGAGUGUGGACAGAGCUUCGCUCGUAGUUCAGGACUACGUUCACAUCAAAGGACUCACACUGGGGAGAAACCCUAUAACUGUCUGGAGUGUGGACAGAGCUUCGCUCGUAGUUCAGGACUACGUAGACAUCAAAGGACUCACACUGGGGAGAAACCCUAUAACUGCCUGGAGUGUGGACAGAGCUUCACUCAGAGUUCAAGUCUACGUAACCAUCAAGGGACUCACACUGGGGAGAAACCCUAUAACUGCCUGGAGUGUGGACAGAGCUUCGCUCAUAGUUCAGGUCUACGUUCACAUCAAAGGACUCACACUGGGGAGAAACCCUAUAAAUGCCUGGAGUGUGGACAGAGCUUCACUCAGAGUUCAGGUCUACAUUCACAUCAAAGGACUCACACUAGGGAGAAACUGUAGAAAUGCACGGAGUGUGGAAAGAGCUUUUCACGGAAUAACAUUACAGACUUUGUAGAAUUAACCCUGGAGAGAAUGGUGUUAAUUGACACCAGAGUGUCAUUCUAACAUUUUUUUUUCGUGUCAGGAGCAACCUGAGUUGCUUCUGGUGUGAGAGAAUUGGCCGUCUGCAAGGAUGUUGCCCAGGGGACGCCCGGACUGUUUGAUGUUUUCACCAUACUUGUGGGAGCUGGAGCUGGAGCUGAUAGAGAGAGCUCAUCCACGUUCUCCCCGGGUGGGAUUCGAACCUGGCAUUCUUCAGGUCAGCAACCCAACCUUCAAGUCACAAGGCUUUAACCACUCCGCCACCGGAGGAUUCUAACAUGUACAAAAGUGUGAUGCCUCAUGGGCCUUGUAGUCCUGUUCCUAGUACUAUCGUGGCAGAUGAAGAUGAAAACAUGGGGUUUUCGCCGGUUCAACAAGAGCCGGAGUCUCUUCACCUGCAGGAUGUUGAUGUUUGUCCUCAAGAAUUCAGUAAAACAGGCCUUGGGCAUUCCUCCCCUCCGUUUCCCAGGAGGGAAUCUUACUCUAGAGACAGAGGAGUCAGAGAAGCAAAUCGGAGGAGUUUAUGGAUCGCUGCCAAACAACAGGCUGAUUAGGCCUGCUUCCCUUGGGAAAUUCUAAGGAGUCAUGCAUCUGGACAGAGUUGGGUUUCGCUUCUCGUUCUCUAGGGAAAGAGAUUGUUGGCGGGAAAACGAGACCCAAUAUAGGUGUUUGGCGCGGGAGAUUCUUUGCGGAGUCAACAGAUCAGCUUCAGGAGUGAGAUCGUGUGUGGACUUCGUAACCCCAGUUCCUUGCCUCCCAGAUCAAGUAUUCAAGUUUAUGCAUCGCUUUGCUUUCAACCACGGACCUUGUUCCAGGAUCCACGGAUUACCUUGUACCUAGUCACGGACCUUGUGAAAGAACCAAGUUAUAUCCAGCCUUGUUCCAGCCUUGUUGUAAAGCUACCUUGAACUCUUAAGACUCUGACUUUCCCCACGCUAUUGCUUGGCAAUAGUGUGUGUUUCGGUACUGGAUAAAGAACUUUGAACUCUAAUAUCAUUUAUUGGACUAUACAUUUUUGGACUACAUUUGACCUCAUUUGAAAGGUCUGCUUCUGAACUAUAUUCUCCACUUGUUUUUAUUGCUUUUAUAUAUUUCCUUAAUAAAGAUAUUAGAUAGAGACUGGCCUCCGUGUAUGGUUCUUGGUGCCCAGCUGCCAGAGGUCUGACAAAAAGCAACUCUUGCAAAUUUUGGAAAUGCAAACUCAAAGUUGGGACAUUUCAUCACACGUGGUGUAUUGUAGAAAGACUGAACUAAAAUACUAGAGUUUUACACGUUGAGAAUGUUGAAUGAUCAAUUAGAAUGAAAACAUGGGUUGUUACUGCGAGAUACUAAAGUAAGAAUUGACUAUACGGAUAGAUGGAAGGAAUGUUUUAGUCCAAAGCAAAAAGAAUGGCUCAUGAAGACCUGCAAAUUACCCAAAACAAACAGACAACAAUGUGAGCAAAUGUCAGUUGUUAUAUUUAUUAAUGUGAAGAGUGUUAUCAGAAGUGUGGUUAUAUUAUAUUAUCUAAAGGAAGUAGAAUAAUGAGAGAUCAAAAUUAACAGAUAGAAUGAGGCCUUUAGGCACAAAUCCCUUUCUGUUUUCUAGUUCAGUUGUGUGUCUAUGUAAGUAAUUGUUUCAUUAAUGUGUGUGUUUCUGAUUUAGUUUGUAUCUCAUGUAGUAGUUAGUUUCAUGUAGUUGAAACAUUAUAUAUAAUUUCUGCCUUUUUGUAUUCUUGCUUUUAAUCUCUUUUAUUUUUUGCAAAAAAAGAAGGGGAUUUAUAAGGGUCAAAACGGCUGAAACUGGAGGGGUGGGUAGACCUGGUUUUAGCCCAAAAUGGGGUUUAAUGUUUAAUCUAAAGUGCCUUUGAAUAUCAUCUCUUUCCUUGGUGUUGGUGGCAUGGGUUUGGAUUCAGUUGUCUUCCUUCAGACAUUAUUGUUCCUAUUAUGCUUUAUACAACAUGUAUUCACUGCUUUGAUCACCAUCGAUUCUUUUUCACAGCCUUGUCUAUCCUGCAAACCCCUCCAGUGUGUUCUGUUGGUCAUCAGGGUUGUGUGUGCUAAGUUUGGUCCACAUCCGUCAUUGGUGGGCUUCCGAAUGCUCUCUGGAUGCAGGGUGAACUACAACUCCCACGUUCUGUGUUCCAAGUUUGGUCGUCAGCUUGUUUUGUUCUGAACCGAAAGGAUUGCUAUUCUUUUGAUGCCGAGUGUUCAGGGAAGAGUGAGGUCUGUGAGAUCAAUGAGGCUUUCAGAGACCACGUCUGGUCGCUUGGCUGGGAAAUUGUACAAACAUGUUCACACAAAUGGGAAGGUUAGAAGAUUUGGUUCAGGCAGAUUUUAAGUUAAUAACCUUUAAAAAUAGAAGAUAAAAUUUGGAAAGCACAGGAUGGUGGAGCAUCUGAGUUGGUUGAGCCUCAGUAACGGUGGAAGCCCAGUGAUUUUAUUUGAUCUAUCAUGUCAGAAACUAAUUGAGAGUACUCUUAUAAUAACACAAAGUUUUUGUUUUUUCGUGUCAGGAGCAAACUGAGUUGCUUCUGGAGUGAGAGAAUUGGCCGUCUGCAAGGACGUUGCCCAGGGGACGUUGCCCGGAUGUUUUGACGUUUCACCAUCCUUGUGGGAGGCUUCUCUCAUUUCCCCGCAUGGAGCUGGAGCUGAUAGAGGGAGCUCAUCUGCACUCUCCCCAGAAGCGACUCAAGUUGCUCCUGACACGAAAAAAAUAAAAUAACACAAAGUUAAAACUUGGCAUGAUACUAGAUUUCCUUUGACUAGAAGCUGGCCGCUUGGAGUGCCUCUGGUGUCGCUGUGAGAAGGUCCCCUGUAACGGAAAGCCUUAUUUUAUUGGGGAUUUUUGUCUAUGUUAUGUAAUGUUGAUUCAGUGGUAAAGGUGGGCAGGAGUUGGCUACUGCUGAUUGGCUAUGUGUCACCAUGGUAACUUAGAAAUGCAACUAUUUCGAAGCUAGCACGAAAGGGGCGGAGCUAGCUGGAUGAAAAAGGAGGGAAUGUUUUAAAAAGAGUGAGUUAGUGAAGUUCUCUAGCCAGUGAGCUUGAAAGAAGAUGUCUGAAGUCAGUUAGGUUUAAGUUUCCAGUGAGAUAGAGCUGAGGAAAAGGAAUACCGUUGAGACAAAGUUCCAGUCAAGUGGUUGAUGUUACAGAAUGAAAGAUAUUAUCUAUAUAAUGUACAAAUGAAACUGAAGAAGUAAACCUUUGCAACCAGUUACGCUUUUUGGACUAAAGAAACCAUCAAUAAAUAAUUCUUUGUUUGUAAUAAA